UGGGCGGUGGUAGUCGGUCCCGGCUCAGUGAUGGGGCUGAAGCUCGAUAGCUCCCCAGCCUCCUCUCUGCUGCCACUGUCCGGUCCUGCGUCCGCUCGCUGAGGAGGCCGAAGAGGGGCGCGGGGUCUCUUCCCUGGGGUGCCUAGGUCCCACUUGCUAGAGGCUUUGCUUCCUGACUGCCACAGCUGACGACUGCGAGGAUUGAGAGUGGAGUAAAUAUUUAGAAAUGAGUUGCACAAUUGAGAAGGCACUUGCUGAUGCUAAAGCCCUUGUUGAAAGACUGAGAGAUCACGACGAUGCAGCAGAAUCUCUAAUUGAGCAAACCACAGCUCUCAACAAGCGAGUAGAAGCCAUGAAGCAGUAUCAGGAAGAAAUUCAAGAACUUAAUGAAGUUGCAAGACAUCGGCCACGGUCCACAUUAGUUAUGGGAAUCCAGCAAGAAAACAGACAAAUCAGAGAAUUACAACAAGAGAACAAAGAACUGCGUACAUCCCUGGAGGAACAUCAGUCCGCCUUGGAACUUAUAAUGAGCAAGUAUCGAGAACAAAUGUUUAGAUUGCUAAUGGCUAGCAAAAAAGAUGAUCCGGGUAUAAUAAUGAAGUUAAAAGAGCAACAUUCCAAGAUUGACAUGGUACAUCUACAUCGUAACAACUCCGAAGGAUUGUUCCUUGCUGCAUCUCGACACAUCCUUGAAGCACCUCAACAUGGACUGGAGAGGAGGCACUUGGAAGCAAAUCAGAAUGAACUACAAGCACAUGUUGACCAGAUAACUGAAAUGGCAGCAGUAAUGAGGAAAGCCAUAGAAAUUGACGAGCAACAGGGUUGCAAGGAACAGGAACGAAUAUUUCAACUUGAACAAGAAAACAAAGGCUUGAGAGAGAUCCUUCAAAUAACUCGAGAAUCAUUUUUGAACCUUAGGAAAGAUGAUGCGUCGGAAAGUACUUCUUUGUCUGCAUUAGUGACCAAUAGUGACCUAAGUCUGAGGAAGAGCUGAAGAGUUUCCAAGUCUGUGAGCAUCUUACCUGGCUCCAAAUGGUCACUAGGACUGGCCUAUUAAGUGAAUGAAUGAAUGAACAGAACUCAAUCAACCCUUUGUUUUUUCUCUGUAAUAUGUACGGUGUACUCACUGGCUAUGUGAUAGCAACAAAAAAACUGCAUAGUUAGUGGUCAUAGACUUUAUUCUGAAAUAUAAUUGAAAAGUUGAAAUGGAGCCAUUAUUAAUUGGUAAACAAAUGAAAGGUUUUCAGUGACUGCUGAACCUGUCAAGAGCUUUUAGCAGUGCCACUGGCUUUCUGGGAGAUACUUAGGUAAACUUGAAUAUUCCCAGUGAAUGUUUGGGAACUCAUAGUUAUCCCAAUUUAACAAUAUACAUUUUUGCCACCCUUUUGUGAAUGGUAGAUUUUCAUACCAAAUUUCAUCCUUCUUGUUUGGUGUCAGAGUUAACAUAUAGCUUAUGUACUAGGAAACCAGCUUUAGUGAUUGCCUGUUUGCGUUCCCGUUAAUUUAACUUUUUGUGAAAGAAAAUUCAGUUUUAAAGGCUGUAGGAAUGUUUUAUAUGUACCAUAAACAAAAGAGGUAAUUUUAAUUUUAGCUAGUUUACCAUAACUAAUUCUUAGCUAAUGGUUGUCCAUAAUUUGCUUAAGCGUAUGAAAUAUCAUUUCAGGAAUGAAAGAGAAGGAAUAUUACUUUCUAAGAAAGAAGAUCUUAUAUAAUAGACAUAUUUAGUGGGUUAAACCACUCCUUUGAAAGAACAAGUCGAGUUCUAAGUCAAAAUGAAGAUGAGAUUUUUCUCUUCUCUGGUUGAUCUUUAAGAUAUUAUGCAGCUCAUUUAAUUAACAGAGUUGAAGUGUUUGAUAUAGCAAGAUAUGUAUGGUAAUUUCAAAGUUAAUUGGGAAUUUUUCUGGCUCUUAGAACUCUUAUUUUUAAGUAAUUAUUCUUGAGAUACAGAAAAAGUAAAUUAAAAUAUCAAAAAAAAUUGUUGCUCCAUCUGGUCCUCAUAACCUGUAAAAUUCUUCUUACAGUCUUUCAGUUGAAAGGGUGAGGGGAACCUACGAAUUCAGAAGUAUUUGUUUUCUGUUGUUUUUUAAAAAAUAUCAAAUAUACAGUAUGUAAAUUUUUUAAAGCCACAUUUUUCAGAAAUGUGCUUUAAUGUCAAUUGAAACCUAAAUUUGUCUUAUAUUUAGUGACCGUGGAUAAGGAUAAAAGAUGAAUGUCAAAUAUUAAAUAUAUUCAUUUAUAUUAAAUACAUAUUAAAUUAGCACAAAUAGAAAAUUCUGCUUUUGAUUAACUUGUUAAAGAAAUAUUACUUCACAUGGUAAUUUUUAUGUAUAAUUUCAUAUAUUGGUAAAAUUCAGUACUACUUUUCAAUUCAGAAUUUUUCUAUCUUAAGUUUGGGGUAAGUGGGUUGGAUGGGGCUGAUUGACUAGAAAAGGGCUAAUGGCCCAAACAUUAACUAGAUUUUUUUUCUCAUUCAGAAGCCUUAAUUGAUAUUUUAUAAAUAAGUGACAGUUUUUAUUUUUAAACUUUUCUAUUGGUUUUUGAGAACUUAUCCCUUAAUUUAAUGACACAUUCAUUCAAAUAGUUUUCAUCCCAGGAAAUAAUUAAAGAAAGUAAGCUAUACAGUUGAGAUGAAGUCUGAGGCAAUUCCUUGAGGCAGCUCUAUUAUAAAAUAUUAUUACUUGAUAAAUAAUUAUUUUUGUAAACAGGUUAAUUUAUUCUUAGUCUUUUUGCUUGAAUAUAAUUUUAAAGUCUCGGUGUUUAAAGACAUUGAAUUUGUUAUUUAGUGACAUUUUCCAACCCAUACUUUUUUUGUUGUUGUUAAACAGAACCUUAAAUUUAUGUCUGAAAGUAUGUACUGCAUAGGACCCUAUUUUAUCAAUAAAGAUGAGUGAUUUAAAUCGG